AUGGAUGAUGAAGAUGGCCGGUGCUUGCUAGAUGUAAUUUGCCACGCUUGGUUCAAAAUCUUGGAGCCCCUCUACGUGACUGCUGCCUUGACAACUGUUGCUGCCCUGUCUUUGGUGGAACACGAUCCUCAGGCAUUGAACGAUUUUUUACAUGGAUCUGAAAAGAUUGACAGUGAUGAUCUCUUGGACAACACAGGAGAUGCAGCCAGUGCCUUUUUUGAGGGUGCUGGGCUGCACGUACAAGAAACCCCUGGCAAUCAUCUGAGCGCUGAACAGAGCCAGCCCACAACAAGUGUUGACUUAGACUUCCUGGAAGAUGACAUCCUGGGGUCACCUUCAGGGGGCGGGGCCAACCUGCAGAACUCAGACCAGCCCUGUGACAUUCUCCAGCAGAGCCUGCAGGAGGCAAACAUCACUGAGCAGACUCUGGAGGCAGAGGCAGAACUGGAUCUGGGUUCUUUUCAGCUCCCUACGCUUCAGCCAGUUGUCCACACUGCCUCCGAUGUCACACCACAGAUUUUCUCUGGCGGAGCUGACCUCAUUGGACUGCAGCAACCUGCAGUCUUGACUCAUCAAGCAUUGGUGCAGCAGUCAGUUGGAGCCGAUGUUGUCAACAAGGCCAUCAGCGUGCAACCUUUCCUCCAGCAAGUUGGCUUGGGAAACGUCACCAUACAGCCCAUUUCCAACCUUCAAGGGUUGCCAAAUGGGAGCCCCAGUGGAGCACUGGGCAUUGGGCAGAUUCAAGUGGUUGGCCAGCAGGUGAUGGCGAUUAACCAAUCUGCUCAGCAGAUCAUCGCUAAGCAAGUUCAAUCUUCCCAAGUGGCCACGAUGCCAGUUGGAAGUUACAUCACUCAGACAGCAGCAGAACAGCAACAGGUCACCCUUACUUCGGCUGGGGUGUCUCCCCAGAAUGCAGGCCUUGUCAUCCAGAAGAACCUCCCAGCAGUAGCCACAACAACACUGAAUGGAAGCUCCAUGUUUGGGAGUGUAUCUGCUACACAGGGCUCCCAGCCUCUGACAGUCACGUCAAACUUGAGCAGCCCUCUGGUACAGGCCCAAAACGUGAUCAUUCACCGGACACCCACGCCAAUUCAACCUAAACCCCCAGGAGUCCUCCAGCAGAAGUUGUAUCAGAUCACCCCUAAAACGUUUUGCCCCAACAAUGCUACCCUUACCAUCCAGAACGAGGCUGCCCUCCAACAACAGAAGGCCCAGCAGAACCUAACAUUUAUGGCAGGCAAGGCUGGGCAAAAUGUGGUGCUCUCUGGAUUCCCCCCGGGUCUGCCUGCCAACAUGUUCAAGCAGCCCCCGCCGCAGCAGCAGGCCCUUAGCAAACCCAUGAGUGUCCACUUGCUGAAUCAAGGCAGCAGUAUUGUUAUCCCAGCGCAGCAUGUCCCCCAGGCAAUGCUACAGGGUCAGAACCAGUUCCUUCUCCCGGGACAGCUCACCGGCACUUCGGCAGUCCAGAUUCCCCAACAGCUGUCAGCCUUGCAGGCUAAUAUGGGUGGCCAGAUCUUAACCACCUCGCACCCUAGUGGGCAAACUCACAUCAUCACCAGCCAAGGGCCUGGUGGGCAGCUAAUAACAAAUCAAGCACUGCCUGCCCAAAUCCUCACCAAUCAAAACCUGGCAAGCCAACUAAACCUGGGGCAGGUACUGACGUCGCAGAACGCACAUGGCACUGCCCACAUUCUCUCUGCUCCUAUCCAGUUGCAACCUGGACAGGUUGGCCAGCCGACUCUCUUCCAGAUGCCUGUCUCUCUAGCCGGUAGCCUGACAACUCAGAGUCAGUCCACCAUCACGGCCUCCCUGGCCAGCGGUGCCAUUAAUCAGACUGGUCAGACUGUUAUCCAAGGAGUCACCCUGCCUAACCAAGUGGCUAUGUUGAAUGCCACCGAGAACCUCAACCAAACUGUGACCAUCCAAGCACCCCCUAGUGCCAGCAGCCAGAGCCCAGGUCUCAUUCAGCCACAGCCGACCUCCAGCACCAACCUGCUGCCAAGCAGCGACCAAGCCAACAUAUUAACCGUCCAGUCCACUUCCCAGUCCUCGGCUCCUUCCCAGCUUCAGCUGAAUGUACAGCAGCAAACUCCACCGCCUCAGCAGCCAGCACAGGUACCCGUGACUUCGCAGCCCAGUCCCAGCUUGGUGGCAUCUAGUCCUGAAAAGAUUAUCUUGGGCCAGGCAGCUGCUGGAACCAUCAUCUCCCAGGAUUCUAUGCAGAUGUUCCUGCAGCAGAAGGAUCGGAGCCAGCAGCAGCAGCAGCAGCAGCAGCAGCAGUUUUAUUCACCAGCCCUGAAAAUGCAGCAGGAGAGCAGUAUGAACGAAUCCACAGUACCUCCCCACCUGCCAAUGCCUCUGCCCAUCUACAGCAUAGCCACCACCGCCCUCAGCACCACAAGCAGUGUCCCAGCCUCGGUGAUAGUCAGCAGCAGUGUAGGCGCAGCCCUGCAGCCGCCUGCCAGCCGAGAGCUGAGCCAGAACCACAACCUGCCGCCGGUGGAGUCCAAAGCACCUCAGUUCUCAGCCGGCCCUCCCCAGCAGGCAAUGGCUUGCCAGUUGCCUUCAGGGCAGCAGAAACUUCCCGGAGCCUCCCCAUCCCAUUCACUACCUCAUCCUUCAGUGGGGGAGAGCCCCCAGCUCCAGCCCACACACCUUUCACAGAUGCAGUCGCCACACCAGUCCCGCCCUCCGUCUCAGCCUCAGCCACUGUCCCGGCCACCGUCCCGGCCUCACUCAAGGCCCCCUUCCCAACCACAGACUUUGUCCAGGCCUCCUUCCGAGCCCCUGUCACGGUCCUGCACCCCCCAGACCCAGAUGCAGAAUCUGUAUGUGAUUCAGAAUCAGAUUGCUUCUUCUCCUCAUGGUCCCAGCCAGCAUCCUCUGCGGCCCCCCUCGCAGCCUCAGGUAUCAUUCCAAGCGCCACAGGCCCAGCCAGAGGGGCAGCCUCAGCUGGCAACCCCUCCGCACCUGCAGCUACAGGUUCAGCUUGCACCUCAGCUCCAGCCGCAGGCCGAAUCCCAAGGGCAGGCCCGGCUACAGCCCCAGAUUCAGGCUGCCUCUGAGGUGCAGCAUACCCUCCCCCAUUUCCAGCUCCAGUUCUCUGCCCAGGGCCCUAUCAAGCCCCCCACCCCAACCCAGGCACUUCAUCUAACGCCGGAGCAGCAGAGGAGUUUUCAGAUGGUUCCGAAUCAGUUCCAGGCUCUUUCCGCAAUUCCAGCACCCAUACCUCAGCAGAAGCAGUUAAUGGACCGGUUUCAGCAGAUGCCCCAGGGGAUUAUUCUACAGACGAAGCAGCCAACUUCCACUAGCCAAGCACCGCCUGUGCUGAGCCAGUUCAGCAGCCAGCCCUCCUCAGUCUUGGUUAGCAGCCAAGGACAGCAGGUCACAGUAUCAACAAGCCAGGCAGCACCAGUUCACAGCCAUGCUCCUGUGCCUGCCACCGUUCAGCCUUCCAGUGCAGUUUCCAGCAAGGCGGCUCCAGCGCUUGAAAAGGGGCAGGUCCAGAGAGGAGGAGGAGGAGGGCAGCCUGCACAACCUGCAUCACUCCUCCAGCAACAAACACCUGUGUUGGUCAAAUCAGCAUCAAUAUCUAUUGCUGCUGCAGCUCCUUCAGAGAGUAAAACAUUUUCCGGCAGCGCCGCAACCAUUUCUGGAGGGAAAGCAGACGGGCAAGCAAAACCUGCAGGUCCUCUUGCCAUCCAGCAGCCAGUUCAGACAAAGCCUGGAGUCAUUAGCUCUGUGUCAGGCUUGAAUCUGGGGAAAGGUCCGUUGCAGCUCCAGGUAGUUGGAAAGGGCUUGCCUCAACUCAUGCCUUCAGCCCCUACCCUCCAGCAGCAGUAUGAGGGCAAGCUUGCAAACCUGAAAAAGCCCCCUCCCAUGCUGCAGCCCAGCAAGGAAGCUUGUUUCUUGGAACAGCUGCAUAAACACCAAGGAGCAGUGCUGCAUCCUGACUACAAAACCUCAUUUCGGUCAUUUGAAGAUGCCUUGCAGAGGCUCCUUCCAUACCACGUAUACCAAGGAACGUUGCCUUCUCCCCAUGACUAUCGGAAAGAUGAAGAGUUUGAAAUGGUGUCUACACAGUUGUUGAAACGCACACAAGCCAUGUUGAACAAAUACCGCCUGCUGCUGUUGGAGGAAUCCCGGAGAGUCAGUCCUUCAGCAGAGAUGGUGAUGAUCGAUCGAAUGUUCAUACAGGAAGAAAAGACCACCUUAUCUCUUGAUAAACAGCUGGCAAAGGAGAAGCCAGAUGAGUAUGUUUCCUCAUCUUCGCGGUCGCAGAGUUUUGCUUCUUCUCUGGCUCAGGGCGCUCUGUCCAGCAGUGCCGCUCUGGCUUCUGAGAACCUGAAGGCACCUCCUGUGCAGAUGGCAACCCAGAUCAACCCAACGAAACUGGUCAUCAAGCACAGCGGAGGCUCUCCCUCUGUCACGUGGGCCAAGGCCUCUCCCUCAUUAGAUGGUGACGAGGAUGCGUUGCCCUCCAGGAGUAAGCCGCCCAUCAAAACCUACGAAGCCCGGAGCCGGAUUGGACUGAAACUGAAGAUCAAACAGGAGGCGGGCCUUAGCAAAGUGGUUCACAACACUGCCUUGGACCCGGUCCACCAGACACCGCCGCCCAUGUGCACCGUGAUCAAAACAGCUGACCAGCACUCGUCGGCUUCAGCCGUUGCCACCACCACUGCCGUCUCAACGGCGGGGCAAAUGAAUGGGACCGUUGACCAUAUCACAGCAGCUCCAGUGGAGAAGAAGCCCAUUGUGACUUACUGCAGGCUUCCCCUCCGUAAGACGUACCGGGAGAAUGUGGACGCUUUUGUAGCGGAUAAAGCCUCUGACACCUGCCUGAAAGAGAGCAGCCCGAAAGUCGAUAUGGUGCCAAGCACCCUCAUCAUCAAGCAGGACGGGGGCUCCAGGAGCGUCAUCACUUCCCGCAAAACUCACGAGAGCGCCUCCGUGGCUGGGGCAGAGAAGAGCCGGUCAGAGGAGGGCACCAAGCAUACCUUUUUCAACCGGAGCGAUGCCCGCUCCCUCGUGAUGCAAGAGAGCCCCACCCCUCCGAAGACCGACGAUUCAACCAGUGGCCUUAUGAAGGAAUUGGCGGAGGUUGAGGAUGAGUUUUAUCACCGGAUGAUAAAAAUCGAGCCGCCUGACCAUGGCUCUGCCUCUGAACUCACAUGGGAUGUGCCCCUGCCCCCAGCCAAACGUAGAAAGUCAGAGUCUUUUGAUGUGGACAAUGCCAGCUUCUCCAGCGACAGCCCCCCAGAUGACUCGCUCAACGAGCACCUACAGAGCGCCAUUGAUAGCAUCCUGAAUUUGCAGCAACCUCAAGCUGGGGGCCAGAACACCCGGGCACCCUCCUCUUCAUACAACUCCUCCUCUUCCCCUUUCUCUUCCCCUGUCCACCGCACAGACGCUUACCUUGCCCCCAAUCACAAUGGCGGCCUUGGAGCAAGGACGUUGAACAGAUAACAGAAAUCUAUACCAAGCAGAGACUGUACAAAGAGAGCCAAGGACUGGAGCUGCUGCAGCUUCUGCUGGCUGGGAAACGGUUGGAAGCCAAGGUGCCACUUCCCAGAGACCUGAUAGAAUAGGGCUGAUACCAGAAGGGAAGAGCGGGGAUCUGGGGUGGGGCGGGCAGUGAGAAUGUCCUACAGAGGCUUCAUCCAUCCAAGUGUUUAUAUGAUGGGUUUUGGUUGUUGUAAAGCUGCGGCUGGAUUUACAAUAUACUUGUCUCAUCACAUGCACCAUUUUUAAAGAAGAAGUUCAGCAAGUGCGAGGCAAGCGGGUGGGGGUUGGAUUGGGGGCCCAUAGGUGGUAGUGUUGGCUGUGUAAUAUUUAGAUUCUGUAACAAAUUGCUAAUUUGAAUCUCUGGUGAUGAUUGGGUUUUAUUCCCCGCCCCAAACUCCACACCUAUAUUUUGGACGUUUUCACAAAUCCCAAGCCAGAAGCCAGCGGGGAGGCCAAAGGAAUGGGGCAGGGCAGGGGGACAGCUCCAGAGGAGUUGCCACAAGGGGGCAAUUUAUGUAAUUGAUUUUUGUGGGGUUUCUUAAGUUAUUUUAAGUAUAAACUGUCUGCUUUUUCUUUCCUUUUUUAACGUAAAAAAAAAAUAUAGAAUCUGAACAAAAUGCAAAAAA